AUGGCGGCUACAGAACACCGAAAUGGCACGAAGCGGUCGUUGAGUCCGGACGACGACGAGCAUGAUGAUGUGACCGGCGGACAGCCGGUUGGUGGUGGACGGCAACGAUCAAAGGCUGCUUGUACGCCGUGCAGGACGAGGAAGCGGAAGUGCGACGGCCGACUUCCAUGUGCGACAUGUGUCCGCUACGAGUACAAAUGCGAGUAUGCCAGCAGUUCGAAGCGGCCCUCGUUGGCCCACGUCGCCGACGUUGCAGCGGAACCUCCACCACCGCAACCUAUCGGCUCGACAACACCGAGCAUCAUCCAACUACAAGCACAUCCUCUGACCGCACCGGGAGCGAGAUUCCAUCACCGAGGUAUCCUGGACCCGAUUAAGACUCGUUUCGUCAAAGCCAACUCGGCGAUUGCAUUUCCAAGGAUUCUGGGAAUGGACCUCGAAGCGGAGAAUGUUCCAAGAUUGCACUCUUUCGCCUGGCAUCUGGGCAUUCGACAGGAACCGAAGGAGCCGCCGGUUGAUAUCACAAAUCUCAUGACAUGGAACGAUAUGCAAAGUCUCGCGAGCGUGUAUUUCAAAGUCGUCAAGCCUGAAUUUGGCAUUCCCGACGAGGUCGAGUUCAUGGAGCAGGCUGCAGCACGAUUCAAGGAUCCGUACGGCUGGAAAGGAAUCGAUGCUGUUGCGUUAGGAGUCGCAGCAUUGGGUUCGUUCUUCUCGCCGAACCCACAUCCCAAAGAGUCGACCUUUGCUACGGAAGCACAGCGAGUCCUGAUUGAAACGAGCGUGUGCUACUCGCCCAUGCCCAACCACGUUACAGGCUGGAUCCUCCGCACGAUCUACCUCCGCCUGACUUCCCGCCCGCACGCCGGUUGGAUAACUUCUUGCAUCACAAUGCAUCAAGUUGAAGCCUCCGGCCUGCACAAAGAAAUGCAGACCAUCGCUGUCGUCUAUCCAUCAGUCAAUGCCGACCACAAACUGGCUAAGCAGCGCCGACGUCUGUUCUGGAUCGCCCGCGCCCUCAAUAUCCUCCUCUCGUUUGAAUACGGCCGCACUCGCGUCAAUUACGAUGUCGUGACGACCAAGAAGUUCGCUCCGGAAACUGGUUCUCACGCGCACCAAUUCGUCGAGCUCGCGGACCUCCUCCCAAACGACUUCGUUGACCGCGAGCGCGAACCAGAUCCGCCGGCUGCGCUCGGCGCAGCAUUGACUCGCAUUGAAGCUUUGCACACUGAAUCGUCCUUCAUAUCACUCCUCAAAGCCGACCUUGCUUUCGCCAUUUACCGCCGCUUAUGGCUCAUGUCUCUUACCGACGCCAAAGACCGCGCCGAUACCGUCAUCUCAGUCGGCAAAUCCGCGCUCAUCGCUUCCAAGGCUCUUUUCACCUCCCGCACUCCCUGGUGGAACGUCAUCUGCACCCCCUUCCAAUUCCUCUGCGUCUGUAUCGCCGUUGGAACGCCACGAAGCCUAGCGAAUAUCCAGCCCGUUAUGGAUUUGAUGCAUACCAUUGCCCAGACUUAUGACACGCACAUGGUGCGCGAAGCAUACAAUCAGGCUACGGCGCUGAUCGCCAUGGCGAGAAAACGGAAGACAAAGGAAUUGGAAGCUUUGAAUGCCGUUCCCGCGACGCCACCGUUCAUCGAUCACCCAUCUGCCGGCCCGAGUAGCACGUUGAGCGAAGCGCCGAAUCUGGACUGGGGACAAUUGGAUCUGCCGUUUGAGUGGGACAUGUUCUUGAACCCGGAGCUGGUUGUUAAUAGUCAGCAGGAGAUGGGGAUCGGUGGUGUGCCGAUGCCUGCUGGGUAUGCGGAGCAGUUCGGAUUUGGAGCGUGA